AUGAGAAGCGUGGGGAAACUACCAGGGGUUGACAAUGAGGAACACGAGGCGGGGCGAUCUUUGGAUCGGAGAACCUUCAAGACGGACCCAAGGCCAAGGCAGAGCAAACGCAGGUUCUGGCCCCCGGCGCGUGGAGCUGGCAAAGGAUCGCACCUCCGGCACGAACUCAGGAAGGGCACAGUUUCAGGCACGCAUGCUCGGCUGGAGAAGAAGGGCGGGAGCCUGCUGGUGACGGACCUGGACAGCACCAAUGGCACCUACAUCAACGAGCGCCGGGUCAACCCUGGCUUCCCGGUGCCCAUCGACCCCGGCAGUCUACUCAUCUUCGGUGACAUCCACUUGGCGAUGUUCCGUGUAAGGAAGAUGAGAGUUGAGGUGCCCACUCCCAACGAGGCCGAGGGAGCUGAACAAGAGACCAAGACCGAGGUAGUAUCGGCUGCAGCAGCUGAAGACACUGCAACAAGCUAG